AUGGGGGAUAACAAACCCAAGUCCCAGAGUCUUGAGGUCCAGGAGACAGCACAGUGGGCAAGAGUUGUCAGCACCUUGCAAGGAAGAAGCCAGCUGGGCAGGAGGACAGUGUCCAGGGAUUCUGUGGGACCUCAUGGGCAGCCACCACCUCCACCUGUUCCUCAGAAGAUUGUGCUCACCUGGGAAGCCAUCAACCUGGAGAGGCAACAAGUGCCCAAGUCCUUCAGCUUUGUCCAUGGUGCGCUGGAUAUGUGGAGUCAGGUGGAAGAACUGAAGCCUGCUUUUAAGUGUCCACCUUGGGCAUCAGAGGCUGCCCUCAGGCUGGGCAUUGGCCCUUAUCCCUUCAUUCUGGUGGGUCAUUGGCAUGGCAACAGAGGUCAAGAGAAGCGGGGGACACAGUCCAGGGAGGUGGCUAACAUACUAGGCAUGUGUGACCUGUAGCCUGGGGACAGAAUGAUGCUGGAGUUCCUGAGGAUCCCACAGUGGUGACUGAUCAGCAUGGCUUAUGCAAUAUCCUUUCUCUGUGUGGUGUCAUGGGUUAUCAUAACUCUGGGCAUCCCUCAGCUAUUGGAGAAGGACCUUAACUACCAGCUGGAGGCAUCCAGGGCCAAUUCCAUUAUUACAAAGAACUCCCUGGCUCUGCAGGUAGAAGCCUUUAGCCCUGAGUGCCCCUGCCUUAUACAGACCAAGCUGCUGGUGUCUGACAGCAGUUGGUUAGCCUGGAUGAACUUCAGGGAACACCUCUGGGCACCUUUUAUAGAAGAUGCUCAAUCAAUAUUUAUUGAGACAAAGGUUGACUUUAUAGUUUUUAUAAAGAGCAUGGGUGAGUACCCACUGUGGGUGGCCUUGACUGACUUGGACAUCUUCUGGAAUGUGACUGGCACUGGCUGAGUGAAGGCAGCCUGGACCCUCUUCUCUGCUUGGCCAAAUGGAUUUUGUAUUUUUUAGCAUGAACCACCCCAAGUUGAUGCCAAUGUCAUCCUGAAUAUUCUCUCCACGUUCUUGGUCACCACCCUCUGUUGUGUCCCUACCAUCUGGCUUCUUGUGUAGGAGGAUAUGACCAGGAACCCAUUUCAAAGCCUGAGGCACUGUUUGACCAGAGUAAAGCCCCUCAAUCCUGGUGUGAGGGAGAGAUGGGAGAGCCAGACAGGCCUGGAGCUGCAUGAAUCUAUGGCGGACUCUCUCUGGAUGGUAAUCUGUGCUGAUCCAAAAGGCACUAAAAUUAAGCCUGGCUCCAUGGGGAAAGCAUGUGCAGCCUCAUCUCACGAUGUCCAGAUUGUGGACAAUGAAGGCAACAUCUUGCCCCCAGGAGAAGAGGGGAAUAUGGCUGCUCACAUUAGACAUAUGUCUUUCUGUUUCUUCAAUUGCUAUUUGAUAAAUGCCCCACUUAUGAGCCUUCUUUGUUUUCCUGAGAAGACAGCAACAUCAGAAUGAGGGAACUUUUACAUCAGAGGGGACCAAGCCCUCAUGGACAGGGAUGGCUAAUUUUGGUUCAUGGGCAAAAAUAAGAAUGUAAUAAAUUCCUACAGCUACCAGAUUGAGCCCACUGAAGUGGAAAGGGUCCUUUCUGAACACUCAGCUCUCCUGGAGUCUGCUGAGGUCAGCAGCCCACACCACAUCAGAGAAAUUGUAGAGGAAUGUAGAGUCUUUUAUCCAGCCUACUCCUCUCAUGAUCCAGAGAAACUAACCCAGGAACUGCAGGGUCAUGUGAAAAGAGUGUGCCUCCCUCCAUACAAGUACCCCAGCAGGAAUUGCCACAGAUGGUUGCUGGAAAGAUACAAAGGAGUAAAUAGGGGAGCCAAGAGUAGAGAGAUGAGAUGCAACCCCCAAAAGAUCCCACAAGCCUCUAAUGGUGCUAGGAGGGAUUGA